AUGCGGCCGCAGUGGAAGGGGCAGCCGGAGCCGCGACGCGCAACGGAGGGCUGCCCGCCGGGCACCUUCGCCCUUACUGUGAACGUGAACGUGGGCCGGUCCCGGGAGUCUCCUGGGCACUGCAGCUGCCUCCGGCCCCCACCCGAGGGCCGCGUCUUGGCCAGGGCACGGCAUGAUGAUGAUGAUGAUGAUGAUGAUGAUGAGCAUACCACUAAGGCUUGGAGAUGCUGCAGCCAUCCAGUCAAACGCUUCAAACUUAACUCCUGCCACCACAUCAACUACCACCACACCAACUCCUGCCACCACAUCAACUACCACCACACCAACUCCUACCACCACAUCAGCUCCUACCACCACACCAACUCCUACCACCACAUCAACUCCUACCACCACAUCAACUCCUACCACCACAUCAACUACCACCACACCAACUCCUACCACCACAUCAACUCCUACCACCACAUCAACUCCUACCACCACAUCAACUCCUACCACACCAACUCCUACCACCACAUCAACUCCUACCACCACAUCAACUCCUACCACACCAACUCCUACCACCACAUCAACUACCACCACACCAACUCCUACCACCACACCAACUCCUACCACCACAUCAACUCCUACCACCACAUCAACUCCUACCACCACAUCAACUACCACCACACCAACUCCUACCACCACACCAACUCCUACCACCACAUCAACUCCUAUCACCAAACCAACUUCACCUACUUCUACCUCAUUGUGACCAAUAACGGAUCAUCCGUCAAAACAACCACACAGAAUAAUUCUUCAACAACUACUAGCAGUGUCACUUCGUCCAAGACCAGCACCCCAACCAUUCCUUCCCCCCCAGGCCCCAGGAAUCCUUGCCAAGGAGCUCCCUGUAAAGGUGGUUCUUCCUGUGUUAGCCUGAACAAUACCUACUUUUGCCUGUGCUUGUUUGGAUAUUACUAUAACUCUUCCACAUGCAAAAAAGGAAAGGUAUUCCCUGGGACAGUUAAAGUAGAAGUAUCAGAAAUAUCUGGUUUGGGAGAUGAAAAUUCUCUGGCCUAUCAAAAGCUCUAUAAUGCAGUUAAUGAUUUUUUUGGGGCCGCAUUUCACAAUUCUGAUUAUGGACAGACCGUAAUUGAUGGAGUAAGCAUCCCUCCUUCAGCGAGACUAGAGAUGCGUGCUGGUGGUACCGGUGUUGAGGUAAAGGUCCUAAACAUCUUCACAGAAACGACAAAAGAAAAUGAGGGGACCGUGCUUGAAUUAAUCACAAAAGCGAUUGAAAACAACAAAAACAACAUUCUAGGAUAUUCUAAUCAAUCUUUGUGUGAUUAUUUCCAUUGUGAAAAGGAAAAUGCCCAGGACAAGUGUGACAGUGGUUUGCUGUGUAAAUGCAAGCCGGGGUUUGAAAGACCUAACCCACAGAUCCCUUUGUGUUUUGCUUCUGCUCCAACGUGUCCUGACACCUGCAAUGCAAACAACAAUAGGCAAUGCUUAGUGAACAAGGACAACACGGACGUUGAAUGCGUGUGCCUGUCAGGCUACAAGGAAGAUGAUCGUGGGAUCUGUCAAAAGUGUGGAUUUGGCUACGGUGGAGUCAACUGUGAAGACCAAUUUCAGCUGAUCCUCACUAUCGUGGGCAGCAUUGGCGGUGUCCUCAUUCUCGGCCUGGUGAUCGCAUUGAUCUGCUUGACAAGGUCAAAGAACAAAGACAAGUAUAUUGAAGAACAGAACUUGAUUGAGAACGACUUUCAAAAUCUGAGACUACAGCAGACGACAGGCUUCAGCAAUCUAGGAGCAGACGGGAGCAUCUUCCCUAAAGUCAGGGCCAAUAUCUCUGGUCAGCCACAGAAUCCCUACGCAAACCACAGAAGCAUGCCCCGUCCCGACUACUAGAAUGGUAAAAAUUGGGGCCUAUCCAUGGCCCUCAACCCAAUGUAUGAACUUUCCUUUUGAGUGUUUAAAAGACUAAUGGAGAAGUGAGCAGCCGGGAAGAUCUGGCCUUUGGUAUUCAUCUGCCACCCAGCACCCAGCCUCUCUGGAUGGAAGUUGUGACUACUUGCAAUGCAUGCAGCUUGUUUGCUAAGUACCUACGGAAUUAAAUGCACAUAGAUGCUAUAAGCACUUGUAAGACAGUUGAUUAUGUCCAAUCAGUACAAUGGUUAGGUAUUUGGUGGUUUGUUUUUCUUUUUUUUUGGUCCUGGCAGGGCAACAAUAACCACUCCCAAUCUAGAGGAAAGCCCCCCAAGAUUGUGGACGCCUGGGAGAAUGUUGCUUUGAGCUGAUAGCCUACAGAUCCACGACCUCAUUCUGAGACUCUUACGCAUCAGCUGUGUAGGCCCCAGGGCAUGGGAAGAAAUACCAUCUUGUAAGGUUCUCAGAUUAAUUCUUGAACAAGUUAAAAUAGGGUGCUCCUUCUGUCCAGGGUAGGCAUUUCAUCACGCUUGCCCUGGGUGCCUCACACCAAGGAGACAGAAAAAAAAGACAGGUCCCUCAGCUUUUUGGGGAGAAGUGACUGGGAACGCAGGAUCUUUUUGAUGUGCCUUCGAAGGCCCAGACUAGAACUGUCCACCAUGAAGUACAUUCUAGAGUUUUUGAAAUGCCAGUAGGUUGGUGGAGGCAGGGAGAAAAAAACGGUAAAACCAAGAGUGAGAGGAAUAGAGGCCGAAGGAAGGUAGGAGGAGGAGCGCAGGAGAACGCACGCUGCAUCCACCCUCGUCCCUGGAUCCCCUACUCCAGGAGCCAACAGACCUUUCCUCCAAUUCAUGUUCUGCCCACAAGCUGGAGCCUAAGGAAGUGUGAAGCCCAAACCCCAGGAGCCAGAGCUGGAAGGCACUUUGAAGCUGCAGAUCCUGUUUCGUGGAUGGUGAAAGAGGGAGCCUGGGUCCUGGAUCCAGAUGCCCAGCCUUGUGAUGCAGAUUCCAGCGACCUCAUGGAGGACUCCGCUCUCCCUGUGGCGCAGGCACACACAGCCACCUCCUGCACGCGCCUUCUGUUGUGUUAAUAGGGCCCUUGUUUGUGUCUCAUGUCUGUUCCCCUUGCAAGUUAUUUUUAUUUGUUGUUACUAUUAUUUGUUCUUGACUAUUAACUAACUAUAAGAGGUAACAAAUAAAGUGUCUUUGGUA